AUGUUUUCACAAUUCCAGGCCAGCUAUCAGCGCAUAGACGCUAGCUUACAGAAGCUCACCGACUCCAUCGCGGCCUACAACCCCUCCCUCGCCGCGGCAGAUGAGCUUGUUGCGGCAGAAGAAGCUGUGAAGCAGAACUUGGACGACUUGGUCAGACAUCAGCAGAAUUACCUCCGAAUCCAGGAGCUCCGUGCGACGACCGAGUCGCUCGACGAGACGAUCAAAACCACGCUCCGCCUGCUCGCUGAAGCGCGCAAAGACAUCGCCUCAAUUCCCGCAAUCGACACGAGACCGAAAGACCGGAAACCACAGAUCGACAUUCACGAACUCCUCACAUACGCGAAAUACAUUGCGCCGACUACCGUACCACCCACAUACCGCAAACCGCUCAAAGAUGACGCGCAAGCGCAGUCGAAGUCUACGGACCCCAACUCUAUAACGGCAGCCGAGACAACAGGCGACAAUAAUGCUCAAAUCUCCAACGGCCUCUCCACACCUCAAGCCGAAGACCAAGGCCCCGCCUUCACCAAAGCCGAAGGCAACGUCGGCCACAAGUCAUUGCAAGAGCAGGAUCUGGCAUGGCUGAACCCGGACCUCGACGCGGACUUCCAGCCUUGGCCGAACCAAUAUGUCAUGAACAGAGGAGCACUGGCAGAUGUUCAAAAGAUGGUAGAGCGGGGAGAAGAUCCGAAGAUGAAGUUGAGUAAAGAGGAGCAGGAGAUUGAGGAUCAGAGACGGGCGAAGGAGGAGGAAGAAGCAAAGGCGCGAAAGGCGGAGGAGGAGAGGAGGGCGAAAGAGAUGUUUGGCGGACAUGUGCAGAGGAGAGGAACGGUCGUCGAGGGCUUCAACCCGGAUGAUCUGUAG